AUGACAUCAGCAUUCAACACCGAUUGUUCACUGCCGUACAACCAUGAUUUAUUUGGAAGCCUUAUUGUAAAGAAAAGAUCCUCGGUCCGAGCCUCCCAAGGUAGCGUUCACGUCAAACAACCGCCAAAGGUACACAAGUGUAAGUGUCGACAACUUUCUGGAAGUUCUGACGCCUUCUGGAUGCGUCACUGGCAGUCGGCAUUCGGCCAAUACUGGGUCAUGAUUGGCUGUUGGUUCCAGACUUUCGACCAAUCCUAUCUCGGCUUGAUGUCAGACCGGCAACGUCCCAAACUUUUGGCUAAUAUGGUGCAGCAUAGGUUUCUCGGCCGUAGCAGCGCCUAA